AUGGACGAGAUAAAACAGGAAGAGGUUAAGGUCGAACCGGAGGCGAUUGUGGGUGAAGUCAAGGAGGAAAACGGAGCUGCUGAAGCAAACGGAGUCGAAAAUGGCGCUGAAAACGGCUCUGGCGAAGCGAAGCUCUCUGAUGAUAUUGCGGGCUACCUCGAUCCCGAGCUGCGGGAAAAGAUGGAGGCGAUUCUUGCUUACCCAAACGUCGUCGGCCAGACUAUUGACAAAUUCGCCAUCACUCGAUUCAAGAAUCUCAACGCCAAACACGCCAAAGAGGCUUUGAGCGAGCUCGAUCGAAUUGCGCAAAGCGCGCCUAUCGAGAAAAUCAGCCAAUUCUUUGCAAACAUCAUUGCCUGCCACCAGCAGAAUCAAGACCUGGAGCAAGGUGGAUCAGACCCGAUCGAGUGGUCGUACCAUGCGCCCGACCCUGAGCCGAUUCAAGAACUAAUUGCUAAGACUGGCUACAACUUGACAAUUACUACUGGCCAGCGAAAGUUCGGAGGUCCCCCUCCAGAGAGCGUUUUCUCCGGAAAGAAGAAAAACAACGGUGAAUGCUUCAUUGGUUCUCUUCAUCGAGAUGCUUUUGAACCUGAAAUCUGGUCGCUGCUUGAAGUAGUUCCCGAAGCAACAGUUUAUGAGAUUCGUUUGAUGAUGGGCUACGAUGGAAAGUCAAGAGGAUUUGCCUUUGUCAGCUUCGUUGAAGAUGGUGCUGCACAACGAUGCAAGGCUCUUCUUGACACCAAGGUAUGUAACUGUCUCUAUGCUCAUCUUUAA